UAUUGAAAGGAAGGGGAACAAAGCAACGUGUGUUGGUUGAUCUCUUCAUCAUCUCACUAAUAAAUACAAAUCCAAAAUCACAAAAUAUCUCACCCGUGGAUCUCUCUCUCUCUCUCUCUCUCUCUCUCUCUCUCUCUCUCUCUGAGUCUCUGUCGAAUCAAACUCUGAAACGCAUUUAGCAAUCAUCAAUUCAUUCCGGUGGAGUUACCAUAUUUGGUUACCUGGAUUUUGAUCUUUUACCCGAAUCCUACCAGAUCAUAUAGGCACCAGGGUUUCCGAGAGAUUUAUACAGAGAUUUGAAACCAAGAGUUCGUAAUACGCAUGAGCUGUUCGACAAACCCUUGGAUCCUAGAAGGCCUGUUAAUAGUUUCUCCCUCUUACAGUUGUCGUUAUUAUUGUUUUGGUUACGAAUUAAUCCCUUUAUUUGGUCCAACAUCAUCAUCGCAACAUGGGUUCAGGAGGAGACAAGAGUAAUCCCCAAUUGAAACAAGCAAUUUGCUAUUCAAAUGUUGAAGCAAGGCGUUCAACCUCACCAUCUGUUAUUGUGAUUGGUGGUGGAUUUGCUGGCAUAGCUGCUGCUCGUGCUCUUCAUGAUGCUUCAUUUCAGGUUAUAGUACUUGAAUCUCGUAAUAGAAUUGGUGGUCGGGUUCGUACUGAUUACUCAUUUGGUUUUCCAGUGGACUUAGGUGCAUCAUGGUUGCAUGGGGUUUGCAAAGAGAAUCCAUUGGCACCAGUUAUCAGUAGACUUGGAUUACCUUUAUACAGAACUAGUGGCGAUGAUUCAGUGUUAUAUGAUCAUGAUUUGGAGAGCUAUGCACUGUUUGAUAUGGAUGGGAAUCAAGUUCCUCAAGAAUUAGUCUCACAGGUUGGAAAAACAUUUGAGAACAUAUUGGAAGAGACUAAUAAAGUGAGGGAGGAGUUCCCUGAAGACAUGUCUAUAGAGCAUGCAAUAUCAAUCGUGUUUGAAAGAAACCCAAAACUAAGGUUGGAGGGGCUUUCUCAUAAGGUCUUGCAGUGGUACUUAUGUAGAAUGGAAGGCUGGUUUGCUGCAGAUGCUGAAACCAUAUCCCUUAAAUGCUGGGAUAAGGAAGAAUUGCUGCCAGGUGGACAUGGACUUAUGGUCCGUGGUUACCUUCCAGUUAUAAACACACUUGCCAAAGGGCUCGACAUCCGAUUAGAUCACAGGGUAACGAAGAUAAAUAGACGUAAAAACGGCGUAAAAGUAAGCGUCGAAAACGGGAAAACAUUAUUUGCGGAUGCAGUUGUUGUGGCAGUGCCACUUGGCGUGUUGAAGUCAAACACCAUUAAAUUCGAACCCAGAUUACCGGAAUGGAAAGAGGAAGCCAUAGCCGACCUCGGAGUCGGAAUCGAAAACAAGAUAGUUUUGCAUUUUGAGAGAGUGUUUUGGCCAAAUGUUGAAUUUCUAGGAGUAGUUUCAGAAACUUCUUACGGAUGUAGCUACUUUCUUAAUCUCCACAAAGCCACUGGUCAUCCUGUCUUGGUUUAUAUGCCAGCUGGACGCCUCGCAAAAGACAUCGAGAAAUUAUCAGAUGAUGCUGCCGCUAAUUUUGCUUUUUUACAUCUCAAAAAGAUUCUUCCUGACGCCUCCCCCCCUAUUCAACAUUUGGUGUCGCGUUGGGGUAGUGAUGUAAAUUCACUUGGGUCGUAUAGCUAUGAUGCAGUAGGGAAACCCCAUGAUCUGUAUGAAAGGCUAAGGAUUCCUGUGGAUAACUUAUUUUUUGCUGGGGAAGCGACAAGUGUCGACUACCCGGGGUCAGUACAUGGUGCCUACCACACUGGAUUAAUGGCGGCUGAGGACUGUAGGAUGCGUGUUCUAGAACGUUAUGGAGAGCUUGAUCUUUUCCAGCCUGUCAUGGGUGAGGAUACCCCUGCUUCUAUUCCUUUGUUGAUAUCACGUAUUUAAGAAGGUGGGGCCGGGUUACUCACUCACAGUCACUGGGUUUUGGUUCCUUUUUUUUGUGAAAGGAACCUAAUAUUGAGAUUGCUUUAUGGAUAUAAAUAAUGAGGUGUGUGGACUAUAUAGCCAAACUUAUUGAGGACACUGUGUUUAUGAAAUGGUCUGAACUUUGAGAACAAUAUGAAAUUAUGGAUUGGUUUAACAAAAUAGUAAGUAAAUUGGUUGAUGGUAA